CCCUUAUUCCUCUCCUUUUCACCCUCUACUCAUUGUUUCCCUUUCCCCUCCUCCUCCUUUUUAUCUAUGAUAUAAGCUUUUUGCCCACUUCCCCUUUAAUACCUUGCCUUUUAAGCACUCUUUCCUUUCUCCAUAUCCAAUCUCUCUCUCUCUCUCUCUCUCUCUCUCUCUCUCUCUCUCUCUCUCUCUACACCCCUAUUUCUCUCUCUUCUCAGGCUCUCUAGGUUCCAUAUUCAUUGCUAAGGAGCAUGCCUCAAUGUCCUCAGAAAGGGAGCGAAUCGAUGAGGUCGGCAAGAAGAUCAAGAGAGAAUCCGACGCCGUGCCCGCCGAUCGGAUGGGACGGGGAAUAGGCCCGGCCGGAGCCCUAAACACCAUAACCCCGUGCGCCGCCUGUAAGCUCCUGCGACGGCGGUGCGCGCAGGAAUGCCCUUUCUCCCCUUACUUCUCCCCUCACGAGCCCAACAAGUUCGCCUCCGUUCACAAGGUCUUCGGCGCAAGCAAUGUCUCCAAGAUGCUAAUGGAGGUCCCGGAGCCGCAGAGGGCUGACGCGGCAAACAGUCUCGUAUACGAAGCAAACCUACGACUACGAGACCCGGUAUACGGCUGCAUGGGAGCCAUCAUGGCGCUGCAGCAGCAAGUGCAAGCCCUAGAAGCUGAACUAGAAGCAAUUAGAGCCGAGAUACUGAAGCACAAGUACAGGCAAGCCGGUAGUUCUCUAAUCUCUAACCCCCACGCUGCCGCUUUGCUCGUGCAUCCUCCCCCUGAGGAGGUGUCGGUCGCCGCACCUCCCCCUUUGCCCCCGCUGCCCCCCGCGGCCUCCUCCUCUUCUGUGUACACUGCACCCCCUUCAAAUUCUACUGAAUAUAGCUCCAUCACAACAAAUGAGAAUGUUACAUACUUUGGUUGAAACUAAACUUGCUCUCUUUAUUUUCUACUUAAUUGUUAGUCAUCAUCUUUUACAAAUA